GGCGGUUCGUAUUACCGGGGUCGGGAGGAGGAGCCCGACUGGGCCGGUGGACCUGCACCGGGGAGGCGCGGAGGAGGCGGGGGCGGCCCGGCCGCGAGGAAGCGGGCGGGAGCCGGGGGCUGGGAAUCCGGGCAGGAGGCGCCCUCCCGCUUGCGCCGCCCGCAGCCCGGGCCUUGGCGGUCGGGCCUUAACUGCCCGCAGGCCCGGGAGUCCCCCCCCGCCGCCGCCGAGGGCCGGUCCCGAGGGCCGGCGGAGCGUUGAGGUGUGGACGCGAGGCGCGGGCCUCCGCGCGGAGGCCUGGACGGCGCGGCCAGGUGAUGGUGGGGCCCUGUGUUUCUCCAGAGGAAAGGGGACCCCCAGAGCAGCCGUCUUUGGGCUGCCCCAGCGAGGCGUUUGGACGUCAGCCCUAGGGAAGUCGGGCAGCUGUGCGGUUGCCUGUCUCCGUAAGUGCCCUUAGGAUGCAGUGAUUAAGGAAUUAGGCUCUCCCUCCCGGGAGGGGCACUGCCUGCGCUGUGAACUCGGUGCAGAGAAAAAGGACAGGAUGAUGCUUUCCGAGCAAGCCCAAAAGUGGUUUCCGACCCACGUGCAGGUCACCGUGCUCCAAGCCAAAGAUCUUAAGCCAAAAGGCAAAAGUGGCACCAAUGACACAUACACUAUAAUUCAGCUGGGCAAAGAAAAGUACUCCACCUCCGUAGCUGAGAAAACGCUUGAGCCAGUCUGGAAGGAAGAGGCCUCUUUUGAGCUCCCUGGAUUGCUAGUGCAGGGGAAUCCAGAGAAAUACAUCCUUUUCCUCAUAGUUAUGCACAGGUCCCUGGUGGGUCUGGAUAAGUUUUUAGGGCAGGUGGCCAUCAAUCUCAAUGACAUCUUUGAGGACAAACACAGAAGGAAAACAGAGUGGUUUAGAUUAGAAUCCAAACAAGGAAAAAGAGCCAAAAACAGGGGUGAGAUAAAGGUCAAUAUUCAAUUUAUGAGGAACAAUAUGACAGCAAGUAUGUUUGACUUAUCAAUGAAGGACAAAACAAGAUCUCCUUUUGCAAAAUUAAAAGAUAAGAUGAAAGGUAGAAAAAAUGAUGGGACAUUUUCUGAUACAUCUUCUGCAAUCAUUCCAAGUUCUCACAUGCCUGAUGCCAAUACUGAAUUUUCAAGUAGUGAAAUACAGAUGAAAUCUAAACCAAAAAAGCCUUUCCUUUUGGGUCCUCAGCGACUCUCUUCGGCGCAUUCAAUGUCUGAUUUAACUGGGGCCCACAUUUCUUCGGAGAAGCUGAAGUCGGGCGCCAUCGCUCAAACUCAUCUUCUCGGACGCCAGAUAGAGCCCUUUGGAGCAGUUCCGGAAAGUGGAAGUCUCAAAUCUCCACACAGAAGAACAUUAAGCUUUGAUACUUCUAAAAUGAACCAACCUGACAGCAAUGUGGAUGAAGGUGAAUCGUCUUUCGGAAGACAAAGUGACCCAUUUACAAAUGUGACUGCUUCAUUACCCCAAAAAUUUGCAACACUGCCAAGGAAGAAAAAUCCAUUUGAAGAAAGCAGUGAAUCCUGGGACAGCGGCGUGAAUUUAUUUUCAAAAUCGGUUGAAGUAAGAAAAGAAAAUAAGAGAGAGAAAAGAGAGAAAGUUAGCCUGUUUGAAAGAGUGACUGGAAAAAAAGAUAGCAGAAGGUCUGAUAAACUUAACAAUGGGGGAUCCGAUAGCCCUUGUGACUUGAAAUCACCUAAUGCAUUUAGUGAAAAUCGUCAGGACUAUUUUGAUUAUGAGUCAACUAAUCCGUUUACAACAAAAUUCAGGGCUUCAAAUAUAAUGCCAUCUUCAAGUUUUCAUUUGAAUCCAACAAGCAGUGAAGACCUCAGGAAAAUCCCGGACAGCAACCCUUUUGAUGCCACGGCGGGCUAUCGUAGUCUGACCUACGAGGAGGUGCUGCAGGAGCUGGUGAAACACAAAGAGCUCCUCAGGAGGAAGGACACCCACAUCCGGGAGCUGGAGGACUACAUCGACAACCUCCUCGUAAGGGUCAUGGAAGAAACGCCCAGCAUUCUCAGAGUGCCAUACGAGCCGUCCAGGAAGGCUGGCAAAUUCGCCAAUAGUUGAUAAGCUAAUGGGACUGCAUUUGUAACUGGGGGGAAAAAGAAAGGAAGAAUGAGAAAGAAAAACAGAAGAAAAGCUUGUUGCUGAGAGAGACCACACUAUCAGGUUUCAUUACGUACUCUCCUUCAUUGUGAAAAAAUUGUUUUACUUGUAAAUAUUAGCAGAGACUAUCAAGAGUGACCUUUGAAGUGAGCUAAAUAAUUUCAACCUUUAGCGUGAAAAUGGGCCAGAUGCUCGAUGAAUAAGCAGUUCCUUAGGUGCUGGUGCCGGCCCACUAACCUCCCGUAGGCCUAGAUUUUCUUGAGAAGUACAUGACUUAUUCCUCAGGAAUAGAUUUCCCAUAAAGCAGAAUUGAUACUGUGGUUGGUUUCUCAGAAGUCAAUUUGCAGACAUUUCGCUGCAAGAAUACUGCUCAUUAUAAACACUACUUUAAAAAAGUUCCUAUUUUAUAUACAUAUAGAUGUACAUGAAUAUCUGUUCAUGUAUCUUUGUAUAUAAAAUAUAUGCAAUACCUCUUAUAUAUGUGUGUUUUUAGAACAUUUUAAAACAACUGGUUGCCUCUAAAAUUAGGAUACCAAUUAGGAUUUCUUAAUGUGAAAAGGUAUGUGUGCUGCUCUGUCGAUGCAAAACAAAUCAUCAUUGCUCCGAUAAUGGUCUAUUAGCUUCUUGAAAUUACUCUUGACUACGUGAACCUCAGUUUCAAGAUGAGCUGCUACUAUUUCUCCAGCAUCAGUUUUUUUCUCUUUUUCCAAAAGUAAUGAUCCAGAGUCCUAUUUAAAAGAAUGACAUAUUUUAGGAAACUUCAACAGCAUGAAUUUCUUGAAUUUUUUGCCUUAACAUUUGAGUUUCGUUUGAGCUCUAAGCAGAAGAUAAGCAAAUAUGAUUUGUUCAGAUUCUGAAUGUCUUUAAAAUACUAGCAAAGAAAAGAUUAGGAAGUUAUAGCUGAAGAUAAUUUGGGGGAAAAAAAUAGGUGAUCAUCUGAUGCCUGAUAACCCAAAGCAGUGAGCAAAUUAUAGGAAUGAAGAAUUAGGCUUGGUUGCAAGUUAUCUAAAUAAUGGAACAGAUGGUUGCAUUUGGGUUCUGAACCAAAAUAAGAGUUGCUAAAGGAGAGGUGAGUGUUUGGAACACAUCUUUACUAGUACAGCUUUUUACAUCCACCCUUUAGGAAUUGCUUUAUCACAAGAUUCUGAGCGGCUUUUCUUUAAAGUCCGCUCUCCUGAAAUGUUGACUGCUUUCAUAAAUUAUCUUUAUGUAUUUGAACAAAAUUAGUCUUUAGAGUGAGAGAUAAUGAGUAAAAAUAUCACUAAUCCUCCACUGCUUAUUUUUUACCCAGAAAGUCUGUGGUACUGUAAUAUACUGAAUCUGUGUCUUCAGAAUUGAAAAUGAAAAAUUCAGCAGUAUAUGGAGACAUACAUUCCCCAGUCUUUUACCAAACUGUAUUUUUUGUCUAGCAUUUAUCUCUACCAAGACUUCAUUGAAAGUUAAAUACGAAGGACAUGAAAUAGUUUUGUUCAGUUUAAUGUUUUAAAUCAGAUAAUAUUUGGCCGAGCUUAUAUUUGUAAGCUAAAAUUAUUAUUAUGUGUAUUUUCUGGGUUUCUUUACUUUUCCUAUAAGAGCAUACAUUUUGAAAUUCUGACAAAUUUUCCCAAAUGCAGAAAAUUAGAUAAUUCUUAAAAUGAGGGAACAGAGAAGGAAAAAAUAGCUUUUAUCAACUUUUUCUUCCACUUACAAAUUUCUGUAAUAAACCUCACAAUCUGAUGUAGAAUUUUAUUUUCCCAUUUGAAGUCUUGGUAAUUAUUACUUUUUUAACCUGGUGCCAUUUCUAGUUAUCGUUUAUCAAAUGUUACAGAAGUCUGAGCAUUUGUUUUUUCUUUUAGUGUAAUUGAAGUUCUUGCACUUUUCAAAAUACUAAAAUCCAUGUGUUUUCAGUAUUAUGACAGGUUAUCUGCAGAUAUUUUAGUAUGCUUUGGCCAAAUUUACUCUUUAUAGAAUGAACCAAGAUGUCAGUGUCAUAUUGGGGGUAUAUGUUUUAUGUAAAUAGAGCUCAUGAAAAAGUAUGGUUCAAGUACUACUCUUCUUUUUGUAAGGAAAUUCGUCUUUAAGGAGAGAUUCUUUGCUUGUAUAAAAACUCUUAAGGAUUAGACCUAUCCCUGUGUGGACUCUAGGGAGAACUGCAUCAAUAUUUUUAUCUUUAAUUCUGAGACAAGAAUUGGAUUGAAAGCUGAAUCUGCAUUUACCACUGCCUGAAAUACUUUGUUCUGAAGCUUAGGAACUUUCUUUCAGUCAUGACCUAGAGUGAAACUUCCUAUAUAUUUUCAUAAUCAGUCGGUCAAUGUAAUGAACUAAAAACAAAAAGUAAAAAUGGGUUCCUAAGUAAACAUACCAGUGUUUCCUGUGUUUGUGGGCAGAAGUGCAAAUAGUUUUCAUUUCUCGCUUUGUAGGAAAAAAGGCCAAAAAGAUCACAUUAGUUUAUUUUUUACAAAGUAUAGCUUUUAAGUAUUCUAAUGAUAUAUUUUGUUAGUAGCUUAGAAAUGGAAAUAAAACAUAUACUCAUUAAAUAAAGCACAGCACAGUAGACUUAUAGACAGAUUUUACUUUUGUGUUUAUACUUUAAAAAGACAUGCUCAAAGAUAUUUCCACCAAUAAGAGGAUUUUUUUAAAUUGCAGAAUUUAUAGUAGUCUCAAACCUGUCUUAAAGCUAGCAUACUUCUGUUAUAUCACUAAAAAUAUUUCUGCUAAUAUUUCUAAAACAGUAUAGUUUUACAGCCAGUUCCCCUUCCAGUUCUAAAAUUCCGCUUGAAAGUAUUGAACACACUUCCCAUCACUUAUGCUUCAAGUUUGUUUGUUGAAGAAUAGAGGCUAGAUCUUAGAAUUGUAUAUAAAAUGACAUAUUACCCAUUCAGGAAAAAUAUUUAAGUAUUGCUUUUUUGCUGCUGUAUUCUGCAUCGAGCCUGGUUUUGCCAUCCCCCCAUGAUUAUACAUGACUAUGUCUAUUGCUUUCAGCAUAAGUGAAGAUUUAGUUGUAAUUUUCCAGCUGUGAAAAAGUUGCCUUGUGUUUAAAAGGGUUUCAUGAAUGGAAACCUCAGCAAAACUCAGUUCGUUAGUGACAGACUUGCUUUGCUCACAUCCUUCACCAACUCCUCCGCCCUCACACCCCACUGCCUACCACCCCCAUACGGGUGCUUGUUCUUUAGCGAAGAGAAUCUCAAAAAGGAAAAAAAAAAAAAAAGAAUUGCUGUCUUUAAUAUAUCUCGUAAUUGUUACACUAAGUAGAGCUUUUAUUUUCCUCUGUAGCUUUUUAGGAAAAAAACAGCCUACCUUGGAUUUGUAAAACAAGCUGCAACUUUCUGAUGUCUGUGUGCUCAUAUGUCUUAUAGAUAUGGCUGGUGUCCCUUGUGUGUGUAAGUGAAAUAUGAAGCAUGCUCAUUCCCUCGCUCUCUUUGAAGUAAAAGGGAAAGGAUCGCAGUGCGGCUGGCUCGUGAUUGUAGAUGGAAGGGUCUGUCAGCACACACGGAAAGCCCCCAUUUUCACAGAUUUAUAACUUUAAUAAUCCAGAUGCGAUCAUUGCAAGUAUUUAAUAUGCAAUAGGUAGCACCUUAACUAAUUAAUCUGCAUAGGAAGGGUUUUCUGAUGUAUUUAGUAAGACGUGUGGAAGCUCUUCAAGCAUUAAACUAGAGUUGACAUUUUAUUUCAUUUAUUUUCUUUGUCAAAAAAAUCCAUUCUUACAGUGGAGUCGAAAUCUGUAACAAAUGAUAUGUUGGGCCUAUCAAUCUUCAAUCUUCCAGGUGGUUUGUAUUUUGAGGUACAGAAAAAAUGCUGCAGAUCUAGAACUGUAUAUAUGUAGCAGGUAUUUGAAAGACACAAGCAUUAUUUAUAACUGAAGAGUAUUACACUUGUUAAGUAAAAUGCUCCAGUAACUUGUAUACGUUUUUGCAGGUACGAAUUCAAAAGUAUGUAAGCAUUACAUGAUGUGACAGUUGUAUAAUUUAUGUAAUCUGAUGCAUGAAUCGGAAUUUUUAUAUGAUAUAUGAUUAUUGGUUUAUUAUAGUUGAUUAAAGUGUUUAAGCUUA